UGUCUUUGUUUGAAUAUGUCUAAGUUAUUUAUUCAUUAUUUGCAAGCAAAUUAUGAAUGCUCUGUAAUUUUGCAACCUGGAAUGUCACUGGAGCAGGACUCACCACUAUGAACAGAUCUGUUUUGAAAGCGAUCUACCUACAUAGCUACUGUUUAAUAAUUGUUUAAUUUUGUACGUUUCGCAAGUAAUUGUUAAUAUUCUCCCGCUGUGUCCUCUGUCAGACAGUGGUGUAGGUCAGUGGCUGUGGGCGCUCUAAUCUAAUCGUCCUCUGUACCUUUAAGGGAGCCACAUACCUUUUUUUAGCAAGCAGAUUCAGUUCGAUAGGAGCAACCAUCAAUUUAUGGGAACCCUUAUUCCCACCGUGGAGCAGAUGAGAAGGCACUAUUGCUGGAACAAGCAGCUUUUCCCACGAACGCAGUGUUAGAUUGGCGUCAGAAGGAAAAGGUCACAUUUUUCUCUGCUGUCAUUUUCCUCUGCAACUUCUUUGUUUCCAAUUUUUUCCAAUUCUGCAGACAUGUGCCUUUUGGCAGCUUGUGUUUUUCUAGGAGUUGUCCUUUUACUUGCAGCCUAUCAGUGCUCGGCGUGUCCUUUAGGCUGUGAAUGUUGUGCGGUCACCCACACGGUGAAGUGUGUCUCUAAGGAUCUGCUCGUAGUGCCACAAAACAUUCCAGGAUAUACCCGGAGUGUCGUCAUCACAGGGAAUAAUAUACAUCAAGUGGGACCAGAUUCGUUUACAGAACUGCAGAAUGUCACCAACGUCAUUUUAAGCAAUAACAGGAUCACAGAGUUGGCCUCCCACACCUUUGCCGGCCUCACCAGCCUGCACUCCUUGGACCUCAGUGGUAACCAGCUGGCACUAAUCCACCCAGAGGCACUCAAUAUACCCGGAAGCCCCCUUCAGGAGCUCAAUCUGAGCCGCUCACUGCACAACUUCACCGCCCUGACCGACCUGACCACGGCUCUCCGCUGGGGCGGACUCUGGGGGCUCCGCCGCCUCGACCUUUCUGGAAACCUCCUGGCCCUUCUCCCGCCUGGCAUGUUCUCCCACGUUCCCAAUUUGCAGCAGCUCUUGCUCAGGAACAACUCCUUGGUGACUGUCUAUGCGGGGACCUUUUCCGGCAUAGACCAUCUGGAGACCCUAGACCUGACGCACAACGACUUCGAGGCAUUCAGGCUCGACGCACUUCAAGAACUAGAGAGACUUGGCAACGCUCAGAUCUUUCUCGGUAACAACCCGUACACCUGCUCCUGUGAGAGUCGGGACUUUGUGACCUGGCUGAAUAAAACCAGAGCCCGGGUGGAUGCUGACGCGGUCAGAUGUGCAUCACCGGAGGCGCUAGCCGACACCCGGCUGCAAGGGCUCACCGUCCAGGCCAUUGGUUGUGUAGUUCCAGUCCUGGCUGAGGUAGCUGACCUCACCUUGCAGACGUCAUACGUUUUCCUGGGGGUGGUGCUGGGCUUUGUCGGCAUGGUUUUUCUCUUUGUGCUGUACCUGAAUCGAAACGGCAUGAAAAAGUGGAUUAUAGAAACGAGGGACGCGUGCCGGGACGUUCUGGAGGGCUAUCACUACCGGUACGAGAUAGACUCUGACCCUCGGUUGGGUCACAUCACGGCCGGCUGUACCCGGCCACAAAGGCAUUUGGGACAAGGGGUGUCCCAACAGCUGCCAAACGACACGUGUAUAGUCCAAGCCCCGACAGAAACACAAGUCAAACCAGUGGCAACCUCUCUUACUGUGAACUCGUGAUCUUGGAGUUUCAUUGAAAGAAUAAAAGAUACAAGUGAAUUUUUUAAUUAAUUAGGAUAUCAGCCAAUGAUUUGUUUUAGUUUAAAAAUUCAGUUCAAAAAGUAAAAGUCGCAUGCAUUGCCAAGAGUGAAAUGUGUCGAGGGGUUAUUUGUUUAAUUUUUUAUAAUUAUGGAAAAUGUUGACAGGUUUCCACAGUCAGGGUAAGCUACAGAAAGGUCACUGCAAGAGAUGCUGGAUGCUUUGUCCUAGCAUGUCAAAAUGUGGGGAAAGAACAGGAACAGCAGCACUCUUUUUCAUCAAUAAAGAAAGCACAUUUUAUAUUUCAUUCGAAAAUCAAGGUUCCAGAAGGAAGGAGAGGAGAGGAUUGCUGCAUUGUGGCAAUAAUUCAUGCAAAAGAAGCCCCAACAUAGCCCUCAGUGGGUGAGCUGUACAGUACGUGAAAAAUCUUUAUGAAGCCAAGAUUUCUGUAUAGAAAAAAAAGGGUUUUGUUUAUAUUAUGUAAUUUUCCAAUUUUCUGAGAAAUUUACUUUUGGGGUUUAUCUAGCCAUAAAUCAUCAAAUUGAAAAGAAAUAGGUGGCUGAAAUCUACCACUUGGUGUGUAAAGAUUAAAGUUGCGCUCUUUAAGUGAAAUGAUUUAAAUGACCUGAAAAAUAUAUAGAGAGGUGUACUUUUAGAAUUUCAAUAUAUUUAUACUCGCUGUGUAUCCUUUAAACUUCACCAUAAAAAGUGCCUUUGUGUUUUCUUAGGCACGUGAAAAUAAUCUCUAGAUAGUUUCUGCUUUUUAGAUAAACGCUCUUGUUUAUUAGUUAGUCUUAGCGUCAUAACUACACACAUUUGGAAACUUCACUACAGGUAGCAUCGACGGCAGCUCAGAAGCAUGGAUAAUGCAUGAAAAAGCAUAAAGUAUUAAAAUAUGUCUUGUAUUAUUAAUACUGUUGUAAAGUUUCGAAGCAAAAAGUUCUCGGAUGACAUAUUUUUGUUGCAUUUGUCUUUUGUUUCUUCACACGUAGCACAACAUGUUAU